AUGGGGCCAACUGACACUUGUUUCGAAGAUGGUACAUUUACCUUGCUUAUGGAGUUUUCAGAUCAGUAUCUUCUAAAACCACCAAAUGUUCCUUUUACAUGUAAAAUGCUUCAUCCAAACGUUUAUGCCGACGGCAGUAUUUGUUUGGAUAUUUUACAACGUAAUUGGAGUCCAACGUAUGAUGUUACCUCAAUAUUGAUAUCCAUACGUUCAUUAUUAAAUGAUCCAAAUCCAAACAGUCCGGCAAACAAAGAAGCAGCAAAAUUAUUUUUAGAAAAUAAACGUUUAUAUGAAACUAAAGUCAAAAAAUUAAUUGAAAGACAGAAAAUGAACGAUCAAACACUGUUAGAUGAUGAAGACGAAGAAAAAGUAGAAAAAAAACAACCAUCACCAUCUGCUAUCGAGAUCGAUUCCAAAUAUUUAUAUAUGUAA